GUUCGUUGUUCACUUCCGUUGGUUCUUGAGAGAGGGGGCUGUCAAGUGAACGUCGUAGCCGCCGCGAAAAAGAGAGAAAUUCCAGAAGAGCAAAAUCGCCAAAUCCCCCCCAAAAAAAGCUGCCCCAGGAGCAGUAUAGUGUCUUCAUGGCAGUUCGGAGAGGACACAUUAGGUACUUGAAAGAGGUGUAUGACAUGUCUAACGGUUACGAAGACCACAUGGGAGGGGAGGAAGGGAAGGAUGCCAAGACAAACCUGAUCGUAAACUACCUGCCUCAGAGCAUGACACAGGACGAGCUGCGAAGCCUCUUCAGCAGCAUCGGAGAGGUGGAGUCUGCCAAGCUCAUUCGAGACAAAGUUGCAGGCCACAGUUUAGGGUACGGAUUUGUUAACUAUCUUAACCCUAGUGAUGCAGACAGAGCUAUCAAUACACUGAAUGGACUAAGGCUACAGUCUAAAACUAUCAAGGUGUCAUAUGCGCGGCCAAGCUCCGACACAAUAAAGGAUGCGAACCUGUAUAUCAGCGGCUUGCCCAAGACAAUGACCCAGAAAGAUGUCGAGGACAUGUUUGCCCGCUAUGGGCGCAUCAUCAAUUCACGUGUACUUGUUGACCAGGCUUCAGGUACAGCAGGAGAAUGUAUGUCCCGUGGGGUGGCAUUUAUCCGGUUUGACAAACGGGCUGAGGCAGAGGAUGCCAUCAAAGACCUAAACGGCCAGAAGCCCCCUGGGGCCUCUGAGCCCAUCACCGUGAAAUUUGCUGCCAAUCCAAACCAGGUGAAGAACACUCAGCUCAUCUCCCAGCUCUACCACAACCAGUCCCGGCGCUUUGGGGGACCCUUGCAUCACCAAGCACAGCGGUUCAGGUUCUCCCCCAUGAGUGUGGAUCAUAUGGGUGGAAUGGGUGGCGUUGGUGUACCUGGGAACUCCUCCUCAGGUUGGUGUAUCUUCAUCUACAACCUGGGCCAGGACGCAGAUGAGGGCAUCCUCUGGCAGAUGUUUGGGCCUUUUGGUGCUGUCACCAACGUCAAGGUGAUCCGAGACUUCAACACCAACAAGUGCAAGGGCUUUGGCUUCGUUACCAUGACAAAUUACGAGGAGGCUGCCAUGGCCAUCGCCAGUCUCAACGGCUACCGUCUUGGAGACAAGAUCCUGCAAGUGUCCUUCAAAACUAGCAAGGGUCACAAAUAAGACAGCUGAACAAUUAGAAAAGAGAGGGAUAGAGAGGGCGAGACAGACUGAUGCACCAGGCUUUUAUUGCAGAGUGUAGAUAUAAAUUGGUAAAAGUUUGGCUCAGCAAUUUGGUUUUUUUUUUUAAUAGUGUUUUCUCACUCAAAGUGGAUAUUCACUCUUCUGCGUCAUUGUACAUGUCAAAUGUCUAGGCACCACUGUUUUUCUUCUUUUACUUAAUUCUCCUUUUUUUGUCUUUAUACUCUUACCUGUGGCCUGAGGCUGCUCCAAAUGUAAUAUUAAUCUAAGUGGAGGGAGCCAAUUCCAAGAUUCUCCGACCAAUUUCCUGCUUGGACAAUUUCUUGUAAAGGUAAAAUACUGUCCCUUUGUGAUGGAAAUUUACAAUAGCCACGAGUGAGACAAGAGUAAUGGUGCAGAACUGCACAUGUUAAGCAAAGGGCUUUCACAGGUUGAAUGAAAAUGGGGGGAAAAAAAAGUCAAGGUUAUCCAAGCAAAAUCCUGCACACUACUCUCAAAGUGUCAGGUGUUUCAUUUGACAAUGGUUUAUGUGAUUACUAAAACAUCAGAAGAGGAUUUUGCUGGGAGACGGCAGCUGACGUUUCCCUUUGGCUAAGCAGCAACGUCUUUUGGACUCUGGUCCUUAUCUAGAAAUAGAUGCCUUAAUUUAUCAUCUGACAGACAGACCCCCCCUGCUGGCUAUAUCCUGAAUAACAGAGAGCAAAGCUCUUAACCAAUUGGUUUUUGGCCACUAUGAAUAUCAGUUGUCUUGAUGUUGCAUCCCCCCCUAAUUUGGAAAAGAGUUUUACAUGUGGAAGGCUUUGCUCUGGAGGAAAAACAUCUUUCUGUUUCAUAAUCAGUGUGGUCAGUGUCUCCUAUAAGUUGUAUCUAAGUAAAAAGUCCUGGUGGAUUAGUAAAAUGGACCAAAGAGAUUGAGGGUUUUUAGCUUCUUCCCCUGAGAUGUAAUGUAAGCAGAUUUAGAGAAAAUAAAAUUUACACAUUAAAAGUUUUUGAACAGGUACUCGAGGUUAUAUUGAACACUGACUGAGACCAGUGCUGUCAGCUUAACGUUGCUGUUUUUUUUCUUCCUGUUUGAGUUAAUUGGUCUUUUUUUUUCUUUUUAAACUUUUUUCCCUUUUCCAGAGGCGAAGGUUUAUAAUCAUUAAGUGUAAAAAAAACAAAACAGAAACUUAAAGGAGUGCUUAUCCUGAGUUCAAGGAGAAAUGAAUGGCCUUUGUUACAAUUGUGUCGGUUUAGAGUUGCUUUUUUUUCUUUCUUUCCUUUGUUUUGAUUGUUUGACUUUGAAUAUAAACCAUUAAAUUUUGUUUUGUUUUGCCGAAAUUUUUGUUUGGUUUUUUGUUUUAUUUACACUCAUUUGGUUUUGACUCGGUUUAGAUUUGUUUUUUAAUUUUCUAGUGACAAAGAACGCAGUACAGACGCCAAUCCCAUUGACAGCCGUCGGCUCCGAGCAGAUAUCCGUAUGUCUGAAGUGUGAGUGGGUGUUUGUGGCUUGGCGCAUUACACAGCCGAAAGCAGCGUGGGCCUGACAAGCACCUGUGCUCUCUCUUAACAGCAGGCCGUAAUAACAAGUGUGCUCUGUCAACAGUGGCGGCAGCAAUCAUUCUUCUCAAGUUUAUUUUUUUGGGCAUUUUCACCUUCUAUUAGACAGUGUUAGCGAAGAGGCGGAUAAGAAAUGGGGAGAGAGGGGUCAACAAAGAUCUCACUGGCUGGAAUUGAACCGGCCACUGUUGGCGACCGUGUGGCCUGUGCUCUUAACCGUUCGGCUACGGAGGCACCCUGAUAAACGGGUUUUGAAGGCUGGAAGAUUACCCUGCCAUAUGGACCAAUGAAAGGUCAGGAGACAAGUCACAGAAAGUUGAAUUCGUUCAUCUGGACACGUUUAUUGAGAGAGAAUCGUUUCAUCGCUCAUCUAAGUGAGCUCUUCAGUCUUGACUGACUGCAGGUAUCCCCACCCUUAUAAACAAUACAGUGGC